GGAGCGAAGGAAGGGCGGGGACCCGGAUGUGUGUGGUGGCGGCGGCCGAAGAGCUUGUGUGCGGAGCUGAGAGGCCUAUGGAUGAGGAGGACGCGGCGGCCCCGAUUUGUUCUCAUGAACAAGAUGGAUGACCUCAACCUGCACUACCGGUUUCUGAAUUGGCGCCGGCGGAUCCGGGAGAUUCGGGAGGUCCGAGCUUUCCGAUAUCAGGAGAGGUUCAAACAUAUUCUUGUAGAUGGAGACACUUUGAGUUACCAUGGAAACUCUGGUGAAGUUGGCUGCUACGUGGCUUCUCGACCCCUGACCAAGGACAGCAAUUAUUUUGAGGUGUCUAUUGUGGACAGUGGAGUCCGGGGCACUAUUGCUGUGGGGCUGGUCCCUCAGUACUACAGCUUGGAUCACCAGCCUGGCUGGUUACCUGACUCUGUAGCCUACCACGCUGAUGAUGGCAAGUUGUAUAAUGGCCGAGCCAAGGGCCGCCAGUUCGGGUCAAAGUGCAACUCUGGGGACCGGAUUGGCUGUGGCAUUGAGCCUGUGUCCUUUGAUGUGCAGACUGCCCAGAUCUUCUUCACCAAAAAUGGGAAGCGGGUGGGCUCUACCAUCAUGCCCAUGUCCCCAGAUGGACUGUUCCCAGCAGUGGGCAUGCACUCCCUGGGUGAGGAGGUACGCCUGCACCUCAAUGCUGAGCUGGGCCGUGAGGACGACAGUGUCAUGAUGGUGGACAGUUAUGAGGACGAAUGGGGCCGGCUGCAUGAUGUCAGAGUCUGUGGGACUCUGCUGGAAUACUUGGGGAAGGGCAAGAGCAUCGUGGAUGUGGGACUGGCCCAGGCCCGGCACCCACUGAGCACCCGCAGCCACUACUUCGAGGUGGAGAUUGUGGACCCUGGAGAGAAAUGCUAUAUCGCCCUGGGGCUGGCUCGGAAGGACUAUCCCAAGAACAGGCACCCUGGCUGGAGCAGAGGGUCGGUGGCUUAUCAUGCAGAUGAUGGGAAGAUCUUCCAUGGCAGUGGUGUGGGGGACCCCUUUGGGCCACGCUGUUACAAAGGGGACAUCAUGGGUUGUGGAAUCAUGUUCCCCCGGGACUACAUUCUGGACAGUGAGGGGGACAGCGAUGACAGUUGUGACACAGUGAUCCUGUCCCCAACUGCUCGGGCUGUCCGGAACGUCCGGAACGUCAUGUACCUGCACCAGGAAGGAGAAGAGGAAGAGGAGGAAGAGGAGGAGGAAGAAGAUGGAGAAGAAAUAGAGCCAGAGCAUGAGGGCAAGAAGGUGGUGGUAUUCUUCACGCGGAAUGGCAAGAUCAUCGGGAAGAAGGAUGCUAUUGUACCUUCUGGAGGCUUCUUCCCCACUAUUGGAAUGCUGAGCUGCGGGGAGAAAGUGAAAGUAGACCUGCACCCCUUGAGUGGCUAGGCCUUCUCCAGACCGCCUGUCUCCCUCUCCUCACCCUCACUGGCCACGUGCUCAGUUCCUGACUCCCCUGAGGACUUGCUCGCCCAGCAGGCCCCGGGGCGCAGAGUUGCUCUGCCCUACCAGCCCAGGCCCCCGUCAGGCUCCUCUGUGCCCUCGUUUCUGACCUGUGCCAAGCCCUGUUCUGGCUGGACAGAACAGGCCCAAAGAAGGGUGUUGCCACGGUGGGUCCCGCUGGCUCAGGGGAGGGGGCGUCUGGAUCCCCUUUCCCUCGGGCCCCACGUGAGGGGAGAGGAGCGGGCACCCGUCUCGGCUGCUGUUUGGGCGUGAUGCUUUGCCCCUCCCCUUCUUGCCCCAGUAUUUCUCCAUGGAUUCUUCUUUUUUGUUCCCUGUCCUUACCGUGGGAACCAGUUGCUGCUGUCAUCCCCCUGGCGGGGUUGGGGGGCCUCUCUUGGGCCAUCUCUCUCCUUUCAUUGGCUGCUGCCUCUAGAAGUCCUCUAGGGUCUCCAUUCUUUCCCCUGAGAGCUGGCUCCCCCCACCUCCCUGCUCAGGCACCCACAGAGAAUCUGAGUCUCUGGCUUCCCCGACCACACCCACAUGGGUGGGUGCCUGUUGCAUGUUUAAGAGAAAGGGGCUGUGAGGUGGCAGGGCACUGGGCCUUUGCUCCUCUCUCCCCUUCCACGCACUCCUCACCUGUGCCACCCAUGUCCCUAAGCUCCCUAGGAUGGAGGCUGAGCUCUGGGGCACGUCUCCCCUGCUGCGGCGAGGGCAAGACCCCAGAGCCUGAGCUGGGUAAGCCCAGAGGGGCAGCUGGGCCCCUCACUCUCCUUUUCCUGCCCCUGCUCCAGCCCUGUGCCCCAGCUUGCUGCUUGUGCCAGUUGCCUGUUUUGCUUCGGUGUUGGAUUCUAGCACUUACAUAUGUCUGCCCCUACCAAGCCCUCAUAUCUCCUUCCACCCCCUCGACCCCUGAGCCCUUCCCCAUAGCAGUGACUUCUGGGAGGAAUAGGGAGCAGGAGCUGUUGGCCUUGGUUUGCACAGAGUGCGUAGGGCUGUGGGGAAAGCGGGUGAGCUGCGGUGCUGCUGGGGCCCCCCUUGGCCCUCCCUCCAGGCCCUGCACUAUGAUGUAUGAAAUGUAUGUACAGACCAGAGAUGUUUAUAUAGCCAAUAAAGAUGGAGUUUCCGUAUUUAUCA